CUUGCACCUUGUCAACGCCACAAUUUUGAACCUUUUCACUCAUCUUCGUCUUCUCACUUUACCGCCUGUGCACUCCUCUCGCCAACGUCAAGAUGGGUGGCGAUCUCAAUUUGAAGAAAUCAUGGCAUCCCUCGUUGAUGACCAACCAGAAAAAAGUAUGGGAGGAAGAGAAGAAGGCGCUCGACGAGCGCAAAAAGAUCGACCAGAUCAUGAAGGAGCGCGCGGAAGAGAGACAACUACAGGAACUCGAAGAUCUACAAGAGUCUGCGGGCGGGAAGAAGAGACAGGCCCGCGUUGACUGGAUGUACUCUGGGCCUUCUAGCGGACAAGUCGGCACUACCGAAGAAAUGGAAGGGUAUUUGCUGGGAAAGAGACGCAUUGAUGGACUACUCAAAGGCGGCGAGAAGGAGAAGCUACAGAAAUCAGCGACGGAGGAGUCCUUCAUGGCUGUCCAGAAUGCGAACACGCUCCGAGAUACCGCCGCAAAGAUUCGAGAAGAUCCUAUGCUCGCGAUCAAGAAACAAGAACAAGCGGCCUAUGAAGCAAUGAUGAAUGAUCCCGUCAAGAGACGGUUAUUGUUGAAAGCAGCGGGCAAGGAAGAACCUGACGCGGAGAGAGAGCCCAAGCGAAGAAAACAGCGUCAUCACCACCACCGGAGUCAUCGUGACGAACGUGACAGGCCUGACAAGUCGCGCAGCUAUAGGGACGAGGACGAGGAUCGCAAUGGACGCAGCAAAUACAGACGACGAAGAUCUUAUACACCAUCAGAGUCUCGCUCGCGUUCACGUUCGCCGCCUCGAAGAAGUGACAGAUCACCUUCACCCUACCGGAAACGUCGCUCUUACACGCCGGAGGAAAGAAGGCGCCCACGGUCACGAUCACGGUCGUACUCACCCCCACGGCGGAAUGGAAAUAGCAAUGGAGUGCGGAAAAUGCAGAGCUGGCAUUCGUCGAGGCCGGAGCGACGCCACUCGAGAAGUCCCAGACGGGAUCCACAGAAGGACAAUGCGGAUGAAGAGAGAAGAGCAGCGAAGCUGGCGGCGAUGCAGCAGGAUGCAACAGAACUCGACAGUCAGAGGGAGUGGCGACUGGCGGAACUGGCAGAGCGUGAAAAAGCUGACCGGGAAAGAGACAAUGCUGCUCGUAUGAAGAACGCAAAAUACGGUGGACGGGCGGAUUUCGUGGAUCGAUUCCACAAGAAGGCCGGUGAUAUGACUUUGGGACAACGCAUGGGAAGAAACGGCGUGUCACAGAAGGGUGAUGAUGAAUGAUGACUGUAUAAAGAAUAAAGAUCUCUUUGUGCCAGCCA